UUAUUAGAGCUUCAAGUGUUAUAGUUAAAACAUUAAAAUCAGCGUCGCUAACAGUUGUGUCGCAUCAUCAAUAAAUUUUUAAACGAACAACAUUUUUAGUUUGCUUUGCCAAUAAAAUGCGAUUUUUCGUGUUGUGUGCCUUUUUUACAUUGGCUGCGGCCUCUAAAACGCACUUUUUACCUGUCACCUCCUCUUCACAAUUACUUCUUUUGAAUAAUAAUCCGCUGGUGCAAGCACCUCCGGUAACUGAGUAUCGGGAGCAGGAUUCGAAAGGUUUUUAUUCGUACGGUUACAAAGGAGAUAGUUCCGCUAAAGCUGAAUAUACGACUACCGAUGGUUCAUCGAAAGGUUUUUACUCGUAUGUGGAUAGUGACGGUAAAUUGCAGACAGUAAAAUAUGAAGCGGGACGAAAUCAAGGUUUCCAAGCUACAGCUACAAAUUUGCCUACUGCCCCGAUGGAUACGAAUCGCCCACCUGAGCCAGUUAAAGAUACACCGGAAGUAGAGUUGGCUAAGCAAGCUCAUUUUGAGGCAUAUCGAGAGGCUGCGUUAAAGGCCGCUUUGCAUCCGGACACAGGUGCGGAACUAAAUGACGGUAAUGAUUAUAAUUUAGCGGCUGAACAACCGCAAUCUCGGCUUAAUGUAGAGUUGCAGCAAAAUACUCGUGAUUUGUUAAUAAAUCGUCAGAAUUUGCGUGAGGAGCUUUUAAGCCAAGAGCGAACGUAUUCUCAGGAUCGAAAUGCUGAUGAACGAUUACAAGAGCAAUUGCAAUUACAGCAACAACAACAACAACAGCAACAGCAACAGCAGCAGCAACAACAACAACAGCAACAGCAACAACAGCAGCAGCAAGAAUUGCAAUUGCAGCAGCAACAACAACAGAGCAUUGUAAGAAUACAGCAACAGCAGCAACAACAGCAGCAACAAGAGCAACAAUUGCAACAAUUACAACCGCGUGAAAAUUUAUUGAGAUUACAGCAACAACAAGAACAAUUACAGCAACAACAACAACAACAACAAUUGCAGCAACAACAACAGUUACAACAGCAACAACAAAUACAACAGCAGCAAUUACAGCAACAACAGUUACAACAACAGCUACAGCAACAACAGCAGCAGCAACAGCAGCAACAACAACCUCAAUUAUUGACAACAGCUUUUGCUGAAAGUAGACUAGAACAUUCCCCGCUGGGAGAAUUACGUACCAUAUAUCGUUUGGACAAUGCUGACUCAAAUGUAGAAUUGAAAUUACCGGUACACGAUUUCACAGAUUUAUCAAGCCGUCGGCCACUAACUCUUUUACGCGAAGAGACGCGUCCCGCACUUUUAACUAGUUCAUCGUACGAAAGUCUGCGUCUGCCCUCUUCGUCUUAUCAUUAUCAUGUAUCGCAACCAAGUGCUCAGUAUACGGUUGGCUCACCCACAGUUCUUACCACUUUACCGCGUAUUGAAUCCAUACAUUUGACUAACCAACAAUCCUUACCCUUAUCCGUAGGCAAUAGCUAUUUAACACAACGCCUCAGUGAUAAAUCUGUCGUUUAGAAAAAGAUGCACAUUUUCACUUACACACACAUAUAUAUCACUCAUUUGAUAUCAUUGCUAUCCCUAAUGCCUUAUCCGCUUGCUCAGUUGUUAAU